AUGUUCGAAGCCCGCCUCCCCCAGGGCCGCAUCGUCAAGCUCAUCGUCGAGGCCAUGAAAGACCUCAUCUCCGAAGGCAACAUCGACUGCACCAAGUCGGGCCUCGCUCUGCAGUCGAUGGACGGCUCCCACGUCUCGCUCGUCUCGCUCUUGUUGCGGGCCGAGGGCUUCGAGCACUACCGCUGUGACCGGAACAUCUCGCUCGGCGUCCAGACCGCGUCUCUGUCCAAGAUCCUCAAGUGUUCGGGCAACGACGACGCGCUGUCGCUCUCGGCGGAGGACAAUGGGGACGCCCUCAACAUCAUGUUUGAGGCCACGUCUGGGGACCGCGUGUCGGACUUUUCGCUCAAGUUGAUGGACAUUGACAGUGAACACUUGGGCAUCCCCGGGACGGAAUACGUGGCAACGGUGCGCAUGCCUUCGGGCGAGUUCCAGCGCAUCUGCCGUGACUUGCAGACAAUGGGAGACACGUGCACGAUUGCAGUCGGCAAAGAAGGGGUCAAGUUCUCGGUCUCGGGGGACCUGGGCGCGGGGAACAUUACGCUCAAAAACAACACAGCGGCCGAGAAAGAGAGCGACCGGGUCAUUAUUACCAUGGAGGAGCCCGUGGAGCUGACGUUCGCGCUGCGGUAUCUCAACAUGUUUGCCAAGGCCACGCCGCUGUCGGAGACGGUGACGCUGAGCAUGUCGCCCGGUAUUCCCGUUGUUGUCGAGUACGCGAUUGGCGACAUGGGUUACAUGCGGUUCUACCUCGCGCCGAAAGUCGAGGAGGAUGAUUGA